AUGGAGUAUCAACAUCUUCAAAAUUAAUUGCAUUACUUCAAUUGGUCUAACUCUCUUUCUUAUCAUCGCUUAAUUAACACUUUUAAGGUGUUAUAUUAAGUGUCAGCAUUUGAGUAUUUAAUGAUAGCAUAAUAAAUCUAGAAUCAUAAACAGAUAAUCUUAAUCUACUUGCAUUUCCUUUGACUAAAUAACAGCUCCUGUAUACAUCAAAACAUCUUGA